GUCCGUGGGUUUCCAGAAACAAACAGAGUACAUCUACUUUCCCUAUAGUAAGUCAAUUCCCCAUAGACAAAAGAAACGUAACAUUAAUUUACAAUCAUUGCCACACGGUCAAAAACGGUUUGCUUCUCCCUAGUCAACAACACCUGCGCCAUGUAACCCCUUGAUUAUAUUAACCUCUGCCUAAUUGACAGCGGCACUACUCCCCCAAGUGGCGGGAAGUUUAACAAACAAAACUUCAACAAAAAUGGCUCUUACACUUGCAUUGGGGUGAUCCAUAUCUAGCCCCGGCCGUGACGUCACCGCGCACCCUCCACCCCCCUGGUUCCAAAACGGGACGUCCAGUUGUUUUCAUGCUGCCCCCCUUUCAUACAACCUGUAGCCAUCAUCUGUGAGCUUUGCCACACAUUGUGUCUCAGGGACAGUUUCCACGAGAGUUAAAAACAUGGGAUGCUUCGAGUGCUGCAUCAAGUGUCUGGGUGGGGUGCCCUACGCCUCCCUGGUGGCUACCAUCCUCUGCUUCUCAGGCGUGGCUCUGUUCUGCGGUUGCGGCCACGUGGCGUUGACCGGCACCCUGACUAUGCUAGAGAACCACUUCUCCAAGGUCACCACCGACCACGCCACCCUCACCAUGGUGAUCCAGAUCUUUCAGUACAUCAUCUACGGCAUCGCCUCUUUCUUCUUCGUCUACGCCAUCAUCCUGCUGGCUGAGGGCUUUUACACCACCAGCGCCAUCAAGAAGGAGCUGCAGAGCGACUUCAAGACCACCGUCUGUGGACGCUGCAUCACCGCCUUCUUCAUGUUCCUGACCUACAUCCUCGCCCUGGCCUUCCUCGCCAUCUUCGGCUUUACGGCGAUCCCAGUUUUCCUCUUUUUCAACAUGUGGAAUACCUGUGCUGCCAUGAGGUCUCCCGAUUCCAACAUCACCUCGCCUGAUUCCAUCUGUGUGGACGUUAGGCAGUACGGUAUUAUUCCCUGGAACGCCACUCCAGGGAAAGCUUGCGGAGCCACACUGGGAGACAUCUGUAACACCAGCGAGUUCUACCUGUCCUACCAUCUCUACAUUGUCGCGUUAGCCGGCGCCGGAGCCACUGUCAUCGCAUUGAUUCACUAUCUGAUGAUUUUGGCGGCCAACUGGGCCUACCUGAAGAGCGCCGUCUCCACGCACGAGUACCAGGACAUCAAGACCAAGGACGACCAGGAUCUGGAGGCUGAGGCGCGCUCCAAGGAGGGCCAGAACUCCUCCACCUACUCAUAAGGACAAGCGAACCUCUCCCGCCACCACUCAUCUCCCCUCCACACCUUAACCCCCACCCCAAAACACCCAGUGCCCACCCUUCCCUCCGUUAAAACAAACCACCUCGGUCAUGUUUGAUAAGUCCCCCCCCAACCUCCUGAUUCUCCAUCCUCUUCCCUUCCACGAUGUCUAUUAGAAACGUGGGAGCGUACUCACACCAGAAGGGAAGAGAAUCGAGGAUCAGGAGUGACGGCAGGCCCAGACGGAGGCAGAUGCUUCAGAACAGGGAGGGCUCGCCCUGCCCCGGGGGUCGAGCUCAGGUACGGUACAUCGGUUCAGAAGCGUCUCCUCCCCCCGUCCGUGCUUUUGGGCGGCGGCUCGUGAAAGUGGCCCGGCUGUGAUGGCCUCGCGCCCUGAGCCAACACAGCCUCUCGACCACACAGCUCCUCACAGCCUAAAAAAAAACAUUCACUGUCUGCUUCAGCCACAGGGAAGCCAGGCAGCGACCAACUUCCUCUGUUUUUUUUUGGUGUUUUAUAUGCAUAUAUAUAUGAAUAUGAAUAUAUUGUGCGAAUGUGUAUGAAUGUUGUUGUUUUUUUUAAUACUCUCUGAAAAGUAUGCCAGGUACUAUAACGAUCUUUCUUCUUCUUAUGUUUUAGGGUUUUUUUCUCAUUUACUUUCCUCUCCAUCUUUAACUUUUUAUUGCUAAUGCUCAAUACGUUGUUGCACUAUUUAAAAAACAAAAAAAUGAGGGACAGUUAAAAUCCCUUAAAAAACACAAAGCACCCCGCCCUCCCAACCCCCCACUCACAGAAAUACCUAGAAGACUCAAAUCAUGUAGUAUCUCAAGGAUUAUUGUGCAUUAACAUGAAGUUUAUUUAUCUACCAAGGUUAACACAGUUAAUUUAAGACCAGAGGUGUAGCAAACGUAGGAAUUGUACAACAUUUUGGAAAACGCGCUUAUUUGCUUUCUUGCCGAGAGUUAGAUGAGAAGA